AUGGAAAUAUUGCCAGAGAUGGCUAAAUUUUGGGUUCUUCUCUCUGUUUUCGUUCCCUCGUUACUCUGUUCAAUAUUUGUUCUGUACCAUCUUCUAUUCAAUCGAGUUUUACGUCACGCGCUUCACAAUCAUGUCAUCACCGUUCUGCUUAUCAUUGGUUUAAUCGAUGAACUAACAUUCUAUCCAUGGAUGCUUUAUUAUCUUCCUUGGCAGAAUGCUUGGCAACGAUCAUACAUGUUCUGUCUCCUUCUAGGAUUUAUUGAUUGGUCACUUUACAUAGCCCACACGAUGAUCUUCGCAUGGGCAAUGAUUGAAAGACAUAUUUUGAUAUUUCAUAAUUCUUGGGUAUCCACACGAAAGAAGCGUCUGUUCGUUCAUUAUUUUCCUCUUAUAUUUCUACUUCUCUAUUGGUUUGUCUUUUAUUUCGUUGUGUACUUCUUUCCACCUUGCGACAAUCGUCUUCGUCCAACUUCACUUGUUUGUAUAUAUCCAUGUUUGUAUGACAACUAUACGCUUUCGAUGUGGGAUUUCGUUGCUCAUCAGAUAGUGCCGAUUGUGAUCAUUACAGUAUUUAGCAGUGCUUUAAUUCUACGUACUUUACAGCAUAAAUAUCGUAUGCGUCGUGCAAUCCAUUGGCGAAAGCAUCGAAAGAUGGUUAGUCAAGCGUUGUCAAUUGCGUUUCUAUAUGUUGUUAUCUUACUUCCCUACACAAUCGUUUAUAUCACACGAAACAUUUACAGCGUCUCAAAUUAUUUCAUUAAUGUUUUCUAUAUCUACAUUAAUUUCUUCACCUAUUUUGUCAUUCUACUUUAUCCGUUUGUUUGCGCACUUUCAUUACCAGAAAUGCAAAUUAAAUUCAAACGAAUGCUGCAGUUGAAAUGGCAAACAGCACGGGUUAUACCGACAACAUAA